AUGAAACGAGUCACUGGAGUUUUCCUUACACUUUUAAGAUUUUCGCAAUUUGCAUCAUCUGUUUUAGUGAUGUCACUUUUAGCAUAUGCAAUCCAUGCCUAUGGUGAUAGAGGUAACAAGAAAACCAACUUUACAUUAGCAACAGGUGUCAUUAGUGUUUUUUAUUUGAUUGCUUUAGGUAUUUUGUGUCUGGCCCUACCCACAUUGAUUUACAUAGGGAUGUACUUUUGUGCUGAAUUGAUCGUUUGCAUGCUAUGGCUAGCAGCUUUCGUUGUUCUUGCAAAAGCGCAAGGUGAGCACAGCUGUGGUAGUACAAAUGCAAACGGAUUAUACUACAACCCUUAUAGUGGUCAAUAUACUGCCAACAGCCAUAGAAGAGCUUGUAAUUCGUCUCAAGCUGCAAUUGCUUUCUCUGGUCUUUGCUUUCUAUUGUUUCUGACUAGUGUGAUAUUACUAGGCAUUAAUGUUUUAACACCAAUUAGGAAGCGCUAUCAGACCCAAGGAAUGUGGAGAAGCGGAGCCUCCAUGGGUACAAAACUACAUAGAUGGAGUGGAUUGGCCUUGAGUGAGCCUUUCGAAGAAACCGAGGUAUACGAUAACACUAAUGUUAGGACAGGUGAUGUAGAAGCUGGCACAGCUGGGAACGCCGCCUAUACUUCUGACCCAAACGCUGAGACACGCUAUACUAAUGAUCCUAAUGAGCGGUACUAUACUAGUACUACCAACACCCGUUAUACCACAACCACUGCCGAUCCUAAUGCGCGUCACACUACUAAUGAUCGUAGUACGGGCACUGCCCCUGUCUCUCAUGGUGCAACAGAUCAACAUGCCUAUUCUACGGAUGAGUCAGGUGAUCGGUCCUAUCAAGAAAAGCUUGCAGAAGGCGCCAAUUCUGGCGCAAUGAGUGGCAGCACCGCAGACCCAAACAGGAAUGUCAAUCCAAUGCCAUAA